AAUUUUAUCUUUAACCAAUUCUUAUAUAGGAAGUGUAUAGUGUCUACUAAUAUAGCUGAGACAUCUAUGACUCUCUAGGGAAUAAGAUACGUGGUAGAUAGCGCCUAAAAGGUAAAAUACUACGAUCAAAGAACAGGGGUAGAUGGACUGCAGUGUUGGCCUGUUUCUCGGGCAGGUGCCCAGCAGAGAGCAGGCCGUGCAGGAAGAACCCAAAGCGGAGAGUGUUAUUGAAUUUACCAGAGAGAAAACUUUGACAAAGACUUCUAAGAGGAUGAAAUUCCCGAAAUCAAAAGAGCAAAUUUAGUAGGGCUUCUUCUCUUACUGAAGUUCAUAAGCGAAGACGAGGUCAGCUAGGAUGAUUUCUUAGAUAGUCCUUCAUAGGAUGCUCUUAUAGGCUCUUAGUAUUAAUUGUGGGCAUUGGGCUGUCUUGACAACUAUGGCUCUCUCACUUCUCUAGGAAAGGCUAUGUCUCACUUUCCUCUCAAUGCUAAUUUGGCGAGAUGUCUCUUAGAGAGCAUGAAAUUUCACUGCGUUAAAGCAAUACUGAUAUUAGUAGCACUGUUGAAUGUGUAAGGGGUUUUUGAACAUAUUGACGACUAAUAACUUUUUGAGUGAAAUUUUCAAAAAUUUAUCGUGAAAAACUCCGAUCAUAUCACUCUUAUAAAGAUAUAUAAGGAAUAUAGAGAAAACCGAAAAGACAAAAAAUUUAUCAGAGAUAAUUUUUUGAAUGAAAAAAAACCUGCUAAAA